AUGUUGCAGGAGAAGAGCGGCGCCGCCGGGGCUCCCCGCGGGUCCCGCCGCUUCGUGCAACGACUCCUACGGGAACUAAUUGCUUCCUUGCCAUUGCUCCCUUCAGACGCUAAUAACGUAAAGAAACCUAAGUUGGACAGACCUGUGAAAAAGAACAGGCAGAUUUCUGGUACCCGUUCGCUGAGCUCACCUCCCUCACGCCGCAGCCUCUCCGUGCAAACACUCACAUCUACGGACUUUCAACACAAGUCUUCAUGGUGUAAAACAACACCCGCUAAAAAAGAAUGUAAUAAUAGAGGCAAGGGCGGCGAGGAACCACGCUGGGCGGGCGGCGCGCGAGCACUGCGCGACGCGCACGUGCGGCUCGUGCUGCGGCAGCUGCGGCACGUCGAACGGCUCAACCGCGCGCUCGACCGCCGCGCCUGCUUACACUAAUUUGAAAAGGGCAAGGGGCUGCUUCGAGGUUCCAACGAGGCAUCACCGCGCCAUCCGUCACCCGCGCAACGACGGAGGGCAGCCCUAUCGACCAGCCUAUCCUUGCCCGGCAAAACAAAUCAGCUGAAGACGGAC